GGAUAUAAGGGCAAUUGUUGGGAACCCGUAUGGGUCAGUUUUCAGUUGUCACCAGCCAAUGAAGGAACACAACAAUAUGACCUUGGCCCAUAGAUUCAUAAUAUUGCUUCUCCUGGCUAUGGACUUGUCGGCUCAAGGACAUGACGUACAGAAGCGACAAUCUCCGAUUGAUUUUCAAGAUCUAUUGCAAUUCCUGCAAGACCAAUUACGUCAACUGGCUAUUGGUGUACCAUUGGACAUUAGUUUCUCGGCAUUGAAUUACAUAUGCAGCACCAUUGUCGAUCUGGGGAUUGUUCAGUCGAAAAUUGUACCGGAUAUGUCGAAAAUGAGUUUCCAACUGCAUACGGAUGAGUGUCACAAUGUCAGUGUACCACUAACCCGGGCAGAGGAUCUCUGGCAGACGCCGGGUUUCCAACAGGACAGACCUAUGGUUAUAUUCAUCACCGGCUGGACAACGAACAUAAAUAAUUCAAAUAGUGGACCAAUGGCCAAGGCUUAUCAGUGCCGCAACGACACUAACUUUGUGAUACUCGAUGCCAGCAAUUUCAUUGAUACCCUGUAUACCUGGUCGGCUCUCAAUACGGAAGCAAUUGGAGCAUAUGUGGCCAAGGCAUUGGUUAAACUGAAUCGUCAUUAUAUCACCACACGUCUGCAUGUGAUCGGCCAUAGUCUGGGUGCUCAGAUAGCCGGCUCGACGGGUCGCAACUACAAGGCUCUUACCGGUGGCGAGAUAUUGACUCGCAUCACUGGUCUAGAUCCGGCAAAUCCAUGCUUCUACGAUGGCAACAAUUUGCUUGGUGUACGCAGUGGCGAUGCCAGAUUCGUUGAUAUUAUACACACAAAUCCUGGCAUUCUGGGCACUCCAAGGCGUCAGGCAGAUGCCGAUUUUUUUGUCCAGGGUUUGGCACCCUUUAAGUCGGGAUGUGCCGAGGCUCCCAUAACGUGUUCCCAUAAUCGAGCCGUCGACUAUUUCGUGGAGACUGUUUAUCCGAGCAAUGCAAAUGACUUUCUGGGCAAACGUUGCACUCACUAUGCCGACCUCCUGGAUGGACGCAAUUGCCGUGAUGCGGCCAUAAUGGGAUUUGCAGCCAAUUACGGAAAGUUGGGCAUGUUCUAUGUCGAUGCUAAUGGAUCGGAACCCUAUGGCAAGCAGGCGAGUCUAAGCAACUACACAUAUACAAAUACAUCGUGUGGAGUCUGUACUAGAGAUAUUAAUUAUAUAUAAAAACUACCUACUCUCUCGCACUCUCUAUCACUCUCUCUGUCGCUUUAACUCUCUAUUAUGGAGCAGUUAAAGCUGAGCUUUUUGAUUGUAGCGAAAAGCUUCUUAUCUAUAACACAAUCACAAGCUUUUAACUGAUAUCAACUGAA